GAAACAUAAUAUCUUGGAAAAUGAUUUUUUUCCCCUCUUUUUGUUUCCGUCUGUGAGUCAGUAGGAUGGAGCUGGUAAUCUAAGCCGGGCAGGUCCGGCGAAGCCUCAACCCGGAUCUGUUUGUCUUUUGAGCCCUCCUCACCAGACCAAACCCGCUCCAUCUCUGCAGGCGCCGUCCGACCAUGAAGCUCUGGCUGGUGCUUUGCCUGGCACUGCUCUGCUUGGAGCUCCAAAACUGUGCCUGCCAAGCAGUCAAGCGCAGAAAAGAUGUGGGCGAGAACCCAAAGCGCCCAGGCGGGAAAAGGGUGAGGACCCGUCACCCCGACCUGAGCGAGAGGAAAAGCAAAAGCCAGUCUCUGCUGACUCAGGUUUUGGAUAAAGGCCGCUUCCUCCGGCUGGGUCCUAGCACGACCCUGACCCCUGGGAGGAGCCUGGAGCUGCGGUGUAAAGGAACCAACAUGGGAUGGUCCUACCCCACCUACCUGGACACCUUCAACGACUCUCGCCUCAGCAUCAAGCAGAGUGACAAAUACAGUCAGCUGAUUCUGACGUCGACCUCUGCAGCGGAUACGGGCUCCUACAGCUGCUGGGUGAUCGUGUGUGACGGAGCAGAGUGCCACAAAGACCAGGAUCGCACCUACACCUCCUACAUCUACUUCACAGACAAAGACAACAUCUUCGUGCCGUCGGCCAUCCACUUUGAGAUCGUGUACCUGCGUCCUGACUCGCCCGCCGUCGUACCCUGUCGAGUGACCGAACCCAAAGCAGUGGCGUCUCUGCACCGGGAGGUCCCACCGGAGGAGAUCCCAGCCAACGGGACUCUGGUGACCUACGACCCCACCCUGGGAUUCGUGCUGCAGCAACCCAGCCCAGAUCAUCAGGGGGUGUUCUACUGCAAGGCUGUUUUGAGGGGAACCCCUCAGGUCUCCACCAAGUACCAGCUGCUGUAUGUGGAAGUUCCCAGGGGGCCUCCGUUUGCUAGCCUGGAAGUCUCUCCAGAGUUUGUGAGAGGAGGUGAGAACAUCAACGUCAGCUGCACCGUGCUGGGAGACCCCGAAGCAGACGUCAGCUUCACCUGGUCGUACCCAGGUCAGGGUUUCCGGCCCACUCACAUCCAAACAUCCUGGAGGUUGGUCAACAGAGGCGUGAGCUACACCACACGGGUCUCGAAGAGCAUCUUGACAAUGGCGGACGUCUACACCGCCGACUACGGGAGCUACGUCUGUAAAGCCAAGAACAAGUUUGGGGAGACGACCGUUACAACCAGCCUCAAACCCACAUAGCUCCAAAACCAAUGACUGUAUAUAAGACCUGGACUGACAGUAGAUUCAAGAAACUAAAAUCCCAUAGACUUCUACAGAGAAAUAAACAUAUUUUACUCUUUGUCAGAAAAAGCAUUUUUGCUCUGCUAUUUUUUUUAACAUGUUCUUGAAAAUCCUAUUUUUUUCCACAUUUUUCCUGUAGUAAAAGUUAUAAACUGACCAAUCAGAUGCCUCAAUAAGUCUGUGGCCUCAUAUCGAAUGUUGUAAGCGUUUUACUAGGUAGGGGCGUGAAGUUUCAACAAGCUCACACCUGGUUGGCUAGGGAGGUUGCCAUAGAAACGUUUACUCAGACUGCUGAUGACAUCUAGCUUCAAGACAUCUAUAUGGUAAAAAAAAGCUGCUGACUUCAUUUCGUUGGAGCCAGAAGUUUGUCAUUUUCUAUGGAUGAUGUCACACUCUUUCAGUCCAGUUCUCAUAUACAUCCAAUGUUUGAAACAGCAGCUCGAUCAUUCCCUGCUGUUGUGUUUUUGACCUGAGGUUAGAUGAAGCCUACAUGCAUGCAUGUGCAGCCAGAAUUAGUGUAUAUAUACAUCAAUAAACAAUAUUUACAGAU